AGGGAAGGAAAGGAAAGCGCGCCCACCUUCCUUAGCCUCUGAGUGCAAUGAUGACGGCGUGAGAGGGGGAAAAUAACCCAUCUCUUUUACACUUAUUUCCUCAAAACUACCUUAAUUAAGUUCGUGAUUCAGCUUAGUUUUAGAAUCCGUUGCUGUCUCCUUUGGCGCUCCUUUGUCAGCAGCAAUGCUACUUGUGAUUUCCGGGACCCACAACUCCGUGUUCUUAUGAAAUCUCGAGACUUUGAGCGAGAAGAAGAGAAUUUUCCUCUGUAGAGGAGGCCAAAGGGAGAAAGUUUGAAGGAGAUUUUCAGCCUUUUAUUGACCGCAAUUAGAAACUUCUCUGCUGCGACAUUUCCCCAUUUUCCACUACUGGUGGUGAAGGACGAACUCAUGAGAGUACAAGGUAAGAGAGUCUUCCGAGAUCUUUUUGGCAUGUGGGUUUUCUUUCUGAACCAGUUCUGCGAUAUGGGUUUUGCUCCAUUUUGGCGCUCCUGAGAUUGUUUAGAAGAGCAGCGAGGAUUGAGUUGUGGUUUCGUCUGGUUUCGAAUCGGUCUGUUGAUCGGUUGCUGGUUUUCUUGCUGGGGGUUUUAGUGGUUUCUUUAUUGCUUUGACUAGUUAGCUUAGUUGGUGUGACUUUUGCUUCUGCAAGUAACCGAGUAAUUUUGGUAAACUAAGGUUUUCCGUGUUCUGUUUUCGGAUUGGAUACUGGUGGUAGCGAUUGGUGAUCGGAAACUUGUUUGGCUGAGCUGGUUUAAGCUAAAAAUCCAGAAUUUUGCUUCAAGUUUUCUAAUUUUGGAGACUCUGCUGAGCUGUGGUUCCUGUGUUUAUAUUUUUACAGCAAGCAUCUAUACAGUUCUACGAUUGAGCUUCAGUAUAGUUGAUAAUCUGUGAGUUGUGUCAAUUGUGGUGCUUCCAUUUUUGCUAUCUACGUUGCUAGACAGAAUUCUGGGUAGAAGAUGAACUGAACCAGCUUUCAAUUUUGGCAUUUGAAUUAGGUGAUUUGAGAGAAAUCCGUGGGUUGAAUUGAUUUGGUUAUAUAAUAGUGAUGGCAACAGUAGCUCCAGCCCCGAAUCCUCCGAGUCCUGCUGCUCCCACACCUUCAGGAACUGCAGCAUCACCCCCGCCAUCCAUCCCAUCACCACCACCACCACCACAAUCCUCCUCUCCUCCACCUACUCCAACAAUAUCCCCACCUCCACAAGAUGAUCCUACUCCACCGCCACCAUCAUCAUCACAACCUCCUCCGCCAGCAACACCAUCGACUCCACCACCAUCUGAUUCACCUCCGCCUAGUUCUCCACCACCAUCACAACCUUCUAAUCCACCAUCUACACUACCUCCUCCAGCACCACCGUCUAAUCCACCCACAAGUGCUUCUCCACCUUCGCCAUCACCACCAUCAACACCACAGCCACCGCCAAAUUCGCGUCCUCCACCACCUCCAUCCACGCCUGCCCCUGAUAUUCAACCUCCACCAGCAUCUACUCCACCUGAAAGUUCACCACCGCCACCAGAAACCCCAUCACGACCACCUACUAGUCCUCCCUCACCACCUAGGAAUUCACCUCCUCCUCCUCCACCUUCAAUUCCACCAAGAGGUGCACCUCCACCUCCAAAUAAUGCUUCAUUGCCUCCUACUACUCCUACCCUACAACCACCACCUUCUGGAACAAAUUUUACUCAAUCAACUCCACCACCAGUAAUCAGACUGGCUCCACCUCCUCCCUCGCGGAAUACUCCAUCAUCCUCUUCUCCCCCAUCAUCUGUGAACAAUGAAACUAUUCCGAAUGCAUCUUUUGAUCAAAACGGUGGAGACGGUAGGAUCGGUACUGGAGCCAUAGUGGGUAUCGGAGUAACGCUGGGAAUCUUAAUGCUCACUCUUAUCGGGGUAAUUGCCUGGUGCAUAAAGAAACGCAGGAAAUCUGUUUCUAGAGUCAAUGGUGAUUAUGUGAUUCCUUCACCUUUUGCAUCCUCCCCAUUAUCAGAUUCCAGUUACACAAAAACACAGUCCACUACAGCUCCACUGAUGGGCAGUGGUUCUAGCAGUGACUUCAUUUCUUCACCAGCAGAGCCUGGUGGACUAAUGCAUUCGAGGUCUUUGUUUACAUACGAAGAAAUGGUCUCAGCAACCAAUGGCUUUUCAAGCCAGAAUCUGUUGGGUGAAGGUGGAUUUGGAUGUGUAUAUAAAGGCUGCUUACCAGAUGGGAGAGAGGUUGCAGUGAAGCAACUCAACAUACGUGGAAGCCAGGGUGAAAGGGAAUUCAAAGCUGAAGUUGAUAUCAUAAGCCGAGUGCACCAUCGUCAUUUGGUUUCACUUGUUGGUUAUUGCAUCUCGGACAGCCAGAGAUUGCUUGUUUAUGAAUAUGUCCCUAACAAUACCCUUGAUUACCAUCUCCAUGAGGAAGGCAUACCUGUUUUGGACUGGCCACAUCGCAUCAAAAUAGCUGUGGGUGCAGCUCGUGGAUUAGCUUAUCUACACCAAGACUGUCAUCCUCGGAUUAUUCAUAGGGAUAUCAAGUCGUCAAACAUUCUUUUGGAUAACAACUUUGAAGCCAGGGUUUCAGAUUUUGGUCUUGCCAAGUUAAACCCUGAUGCAAAUACGCAUUUGACAACACGUGUUAUGGGAACCUAUGGAUAUGUCGCCCCAGAGUAUGCAACAAGUGGCAAGUUAACUGAGAAAUCUGAUGUAUACUCAUUUGGAGUUGUGCUCUUGGAGUUGAUCACUGGGCAGAAGCCACUGGAUCCUUCCCAGUCACCAGGAAAAGAGAGUCUAGUUGAACGGGCACGACCUUUCAUGAGCCAUGCACUAGUCAGCGGCGAACUAGGAGGUCUAAUCGACCCAAGGCUUGACAAGAACUAUGUUGAAGAAGAAAUGUUUAGGAUGAUUGAGGCAGCUGCAGCCUGUGUUCGCCAUUCUGCUGCUAAGAGGCCUCACAUGGAACAAAUUGUCAGAGCUCUCGGCGAUAUAGCUGCAGCAGAUUUAACCAACGGAAUGAAAAUUGGAGAAAGUGAGAUAGUCAGGACACCAGAAGAGUCCGAGCAGUUUAGAAUCAUGCAAAGGAUGGCAUUUGGCGGUCAAGAUUUUAGUUCAGGUUUUUUUAGCCAUAGUAGUAUGAACAGCCGAAAUGACAGUCUAGUAUGAAAGUAAAUUUUGGUAGGAAUGAAAAUUUAGCUGUGAAUUACCCUGCAGAGUUCAGAGGUUGAAUGAGAGGUUCAGGGUGAUCUUCACUAUUGGGGUACAUAGAAUUGUCAGCCUCUAGGGUGAAGGGCAAAAUCAGGUUUAGGAAAAUGGCUCAUUCCUCAGCCUUUCUAGUAACUGGGCUAAGGGUUAGCUUUUCCACUAUAUCCUUUUAGCUUUUCUACUAUAUCCUUAUAGGGUUUUGAUUACUGUAAAUAGCCCCACCAGAAAUAUUGUAAAGGCUCAAUUUUGAAAUCGAUUCGGAUCAGAAUUUUUCAUUCUGGGUUUCUGUCAGCUGUUUGAGUUAUUCUUACAGAAUGAAUAUCGAUGUCAUUAUCACAUAAAGCCUUACCUGGAAAGCAUGGAUAUAUGUCUCUGCAACAGAAAGCCGCCAGUAAAGAGCUUGAUCACCUUCCGCCUCGCAGCCAUUUAAGAGUGAUUUUAAGGGACUGAAGAGCCACAAAGUUUCCAUUAAUGGCUGUGUUGAUACUAGAAAAAGGGUCACUCAACUAAGGAGGAGAAUUGAUUCUCAGAAUUGUCAGGUGAAAAAUGAAAAAAUCUUGUGGAA